UCUAAAAGAUUCAUAAUGCGGAAUAAAAGAUACAUGGAUGAUUCGUCAAGUGACUCCGAACCAAUCCAGCAAAAUAAAAAGAUGUCUGCUAAGCAAGACAGAUGUGACAACAUUCUGAAAAAGCUGAAGGCAGCACAUGAGGAAGUAGAUAGUGAAGCAGACCAACUUAUGGCACUGAAAAAUAAAGUUGAAAAACUGGAGGAAGAAAACAAUUCACUCAAGCACAAGGUAGUACAAGCAAUACCAGCAAUACUCCAAAAACUUGAAGUACUUGAACAGAAAACAUGUGAGCGAAUCAUCUAUUCCUCUGAUUCUGAUUUACAGUCACGUUAUGGAACACCUACCCGUUCCACUGGGAAUUCAACAGAAGCCUUAGCUUCUUCGAAGUCUGUAUUAUCAGCACCUGUUUCUCCUCCUCCCAUGAAAGCAGCUGGAAAGGUUGAAAUCCAUCCAGGAAGCAAUGUUUUUGUUGAGGAAUUGGCUUGGGCUCUAACAAAUAAAGCAACUUCCUGUACUUCAUUUGUACGCUCUCUAACACUUGCUGUGUUUGACGUUGAAACGCUUGUCAGAAGCAAUCUUCGUGGAGGCCAUAACAACCGGCAGCACGAUGGGGAGAGAAAAGACUCGCUUGACUCUACUAAAGUUCAUGCUAUAUACGCUGCAACACGAGCAAAGUUUCCAACUGCAACAAAGUCACAGAUUGGUUCAACAAUCAACGGAAAGAUCGCUGAACUAAGACACAAUCUCAGAAAACAAAAUACGGAUAAGUCUCCUGACUCGGUACUAAUUUCAAAAGGCAAAUGUGUAAAUCUGACCCACAGAGCCUUUGUCUUCUUUUUUGAGCCAAUUGAGUCCUUAAUCACAUAGGCCUAUUGAAUUCUUAAAUUAACUACUGGUACUUGUUUGGUAAGACACUUCUUGACUUAAAUAUGGAAAUUGUUAGUAAUUAGCAUACACCAUGUACCUAGAUGAUUUUGAACUGCAGAAUUGUUGUAAUAACCGCAUGUCUAGAGUGUAAGAUUUGGCUCAUAGUCUGUAUCAUUAGAGUGUUUUAUGCAGCUUAAUUCCUAUCGUUGUUAGAAAGGUUUCAAAACUUUCUAAAUGUUUCUAUGUUCUGAUUUAGGAUCUGUUCAUGUAUGUUUGUUUUUGGUGAAUUAUCC